AUGGAGAGACCGGAGCUGGGAGAGCCAGCUUGCAGGAUGGAUCAGCAGCAGGAGCGUGACCGGCGGCGGACGCUGCUGCUGGUGAACCUGGCGUCCAUCAUGGAGCGCGCCGACGAGGCCCUGCUCCCCGCGGUGUACCGGGAGGUGGGCGCCGCGCUGCACGCCAGCCCCGCAGGGCUCGGCGCCCUCUCGUUGUGCCGCUCCAUCGUCCAGGCCGCCUGCUACCCGCUCGCCGCCUACGCCGCCGCGCGUCACAACCGCGCCCACGUCAUCGCCGUCGGGGCCUUCCUCUGGGCCGCCGCCACCUUCCUCGUCGGAGUCUCCGACACCUUCCUACAGGUAGCAAUCUCACGAGGCCUGAACGGCAUCGGCCUAGCUCUGGUUGUGCCAUCGAUCCAGUCCCUGGUUGCCGACUCCACCGACGACGGCACGCGCGGGUCGGCGUUCGGGUGGCUGCAGCUCGCCAGCAGCCUGGGCCUCAUCUCCGGUGGCUUCGUCGGCCUGCUGCUGGCGCAGACCACGGUCCUCGGGAUCGACGGCUGGCGCGUCGCCUUCCACCUCGUGGCCGCCAUCAGCGUCGCCGUCGGGAUCCUCAACUGGUUCCUCGCCGUUGACCCCCAUUUCCCGAGGCGCGACGGCAAGCAGGCCACGACGGCGCGGGGGGUCGUCGCGGAGAUGAUGGAGGAGGCCAAGUUCGUGGUGCGGAUCCCCACGUUCCAGAUCUUCGUGGCUCAGGGGGUCAGCGGCUCGUUCCCGUGGUCGGCGCUCUCGUUCGCGUCCAUGUGGCUGGAGCUCAAAGGCUUUAGCCACAGCGACACCGCCGUGCUCAUGACCAUCUUCUGGGUGGCCAGCUCCCUCGGCGGCCUCCUCGGGGGCAAGAUGGGCGACCUCCUCGCCGUGCGGUACCCCGAUGCCGGCAGGAUCGUCCUCUCCCAGAUCAGUCCCCUCUCGGCGGUGCCCUUGGCGGCCGUGCUGCUGCUGGGCCUCCCCGACGACCCGCCCAAGGGCGUCUCCUACGGCGCUGUCCUGUUCAUCAUGGGCGUCUUCAUGUCCUGGAACGGUCCAGCCACAAACUUCCCAAUAUUUGCGGAGAUCGUCCCGGAGAAGUCAAGAACAAGCAUCUACGCCCUGGACAGAUCCUUCGAGUCAGUGCUAUCAUCGUUUGCUCCUCCGAUCGUCGGCCUGCUGGCUGAGCGAGUGUACGGGUACAGGCCGAACGACAAGGGGGAGAGCGUCGAGCAGGACCGGGGGAACGCCGCGUCCCUAGCCAAGGCGCUGUACACGUCCAUAGCGAUACCGUUCAUAGUCUGCACCGCCAUAUACUCGUUCCUGUACUGCAGCUACCCCAGGGACAGGGAGCGCGCGCGCAUGCAGUCUCUCAUCGAGUUGGAGCUCCAGCAGAUGGAGCACGAGCACGAGAGCUCCUGUCUGGAGCUGGAAGACGGCGGCGAUGGUGUGCCCAAGGUUUUCGGCUCGGCGAACGACGAUGGCGAAAGGGCUACCAUUGGCGUGACCUAUGACCACAAGGAGGAUCCUGAAGCUGAGAAGGAUACUGUCAGCCUGUUGGCAAACCGGGAGUCGUGA